CCCACUCUUGAACCACGAGAAGUCUCACGCGAAAAGGAAUCUGACGACGACCUGGACUCUCCCCAAUCGACCCCUUCGCCUGCCGCCGAUAUCAAGAUGGAGGACUUCUAUCGCAAACAGCAUCAACGCGCAAGGCUGCGUAGCCCCUGGUCGUGCUCGCUGGUGACGAUGAUAUGCACCGGUCUGUCGCUGCUGCUGCUGGCGACCAUCGCCCAGUCGUUUCUCGCCCGCCAACUGGAUCCCAAGGGCUGCAACAUGUCGUACAUGCUCUCGGCCUUUGCCAAAUACACAGACUUUGACACGGAGCAUACGAGGUUCGCCACAAAAUACUCGUUGUACCUGUAUCGCGAGGCUGGCAUUGACCAGGAUACGCGCGUGCGUAUGAACCCUCAACAAGUCAUGCAAGACACUGACACUCGCUACAGGNUCAAGGGCAUCCCCGUGCUGUUCAUUCCCGGCAACGCAGGCAGCUACAAGCAAGUCCGCUCUCUGGCCGCCGAAGCCGCCAAUUACUACCACGAUGUCCUGCAACACGAUCCACAAGCUCAGCAGGACGGCAAGCGACCCNUUGACUUCUUCUCGGUCGACUUCAACGAAGACAUUACCGCUUUUCAUGGCCAGACGUUACUGGACCAGGCUGAAUACCUGAAUGAAGCCAUCGCAUACAUCCUCGCGCUCUACCACAACCCGCAUCGCAGUCUGCGCGACGAAUCCCUACCCGAUCCCACCUCGGUCAUGCUCGUUGGUCACUCAAUGGGCGGCAUCGUCGCUCGCACGAUGUUUACAAUGCACAACUACCAACCUAAUACCAUCAACACCAUAAUUACCCUAUCCGCCCCACAUGCUCGUGCACCCGUCUCCUUUGACCAGGACAUCGUCGACACAUACCAGAACAUCAACGACUAUUGGCGCAAAUCAUACUCUACAGAUCAGAAUCCAUUGGACCACGUUACUUUGGUAUCUAUCGUCGGAGGUGGUCUGGAUACUGUUGUGCCGUCAGACUACGCCAGUCUCACUUCUCUGGUGCCCGAAUCACAUGGAUUCACCGUCUUCACUUCGACAAUGCCUCAUGUGUGGACUGGAAUGGAUCAUCUGGCCAUCAUCUGGUGCGAUCAGCUCCGCAAAGCAGUCAUCAAGGCCUUGUUUGAUGUUGCUGACGUACAACAACCCACACAAACGAUACCGCGCGUGGAUCGCAUGCGCCACUUCCGCAAACGUNUUUUGACUGGUCUGGAAAGCAACGUGCAGAAAGAGCUACCAAAUCAAGAAGCGAAAAUGCUUCUCUCACUCGAUGAUCAAUCUUCGGCUAUUCUCGCCGAGGGUGAACGCUUGAGUCUUCGUCAGCUGGGUUCCUCUGCCAAGACCGAAGCUCAUGUUUUGCCUGUACCAUCUGCGGUUCAGGAUGAUGCUCGCAGACUUUCUGUCCUGACGAACCAACGUAUUGAUGAACAUGGUCCUGUUCAGGUCUUUCUUUGUUCCUCUCACGUUCCACAAGCUGGUGCUGGUGGUAAUGCUUAUGCCAUCAAUCUGGACCUUUCAGGCGGCUCCUCAGGGUUCAUGCGUCUAUCUUGCAAGGAUACUGCAGUCGAUGCUAUUGCUCUGCCUGCUUCGAAGUCGGAAUCCAACUUUGCUUUCGACGAUGUCGCGCCUUUCACGUACGUCGAGUAUAAAUUACAGGAUCUAUCCGAAUAUCAAUUUGUUGCUGUCAUUGACAAGGCAAGCGAGCUCACUGAUGGAUGGGUUGUAGCUGAAUUCAGCAAUGCUAUCAAAUCAACCGUCACUGUCAAGCGAUCAUUGCGCAGUUUGAUGCUGAGUGGCAUGCACCGUGUCUUGCCAGCUACACGUGCGAUGGUCAAUGAAAUUCGUGUUCCUCGUGUGCACUCGAGUUUACUGGCCUACUGUUUGCGUGUGCACCAGAAGUGCAACACUGAGCCUCUUUUCCAGCCUCUGCUGAGGCAGUACAUCUCUGAACCGUACGAGUCGAAAUUCUUCCCCAACGUGCGCGGAGAUGUCAACAUCAACCUGCAUGGCGUCUCGCCUUUUGUGCCUCCGCCAGCCAAUGCCGCACACACCAAAGAUGGGCUUUCGCUACAAAUCUGGUCGGAUCCAACAUGUAAUGCGGAGAUGAGUGUGUCUUUGGACAUUGACUUCCUUGGAAGCUUUGGCAAACUGUAUAUGCGCUACAGGACUGUUUUUGCUGCUUUUCCUCUGGUUGUCGUGACGCUGGUGCUGAGGAAGCAGUUCAAAAUCUACGAUGCAACUGGUUUGUUCAUACCAUCUAUCGUAGUGAAGAUUUUGCUAACGAUGUUUCAGNGCAUUUUCAUGAGCUUUACAGAAGGCAUGGAUCAGUGCAUUCGUACAUCUCUUCCUGUUCUCUUCAUCGCGUUGUCAUUCUUGUCGCUCGCUCUCGCCAACCAUGCCACUACCUCUGCUGCGGAAGAGAUCCUCGGACGCCAGCAUGAGGCUACAGAAUCGUUCUUGGAGUUUACGAAAAACGAUCUCUUGCUUGGCUCUAAUGAUCCAUUCUUCUUCUGGCUGGUGCCACUGUUUGGAAUCAUCAGUGUAGGCGUCUGCAUUGUGCUAAACUACAUUACACUGGCACUGACACAGGUGUUUACUUUCUGUUAUGCCAAAAUCAGAAACGUGCGGUUGAGAAAUGACGACGGAAGCNGCUCUGGCAACAACUACAACUUCUACAACUACGUACACAGCAUGCUAAUUAUCAUGCUCUGGAUCCUGCCCAUCAACCUGCCCGUCCUCGUCGUCUGGAUCCACAAUCUCGCGGUUCACUGGUUGACACCAUUCUCCUCACACCACAACAUCUUGUCCAUCAUGCCCUACAUCCUGAUUGUCGAAACCAUGAGCACUGGCCACAUCAUACCUCGUCUUCAAUCUCCUUGGCGCCUUGUCAAUAACAUCAUGCUGUUCUGUCUAGGGCUGUAUGCAGCGGUAUAUGGCGUUAGUUAUGCGUAUGUGCUGCAUCAUCUGGUCAACUGGUGGUGUGCUUGGUUGGUAAUUGUCCAUUUUGCGCCCGCGGUUGUGCGGAGGGGUGCGCUUGGGGAACAACAGAGGGGAGGAGGCAGUUCGCCGCCGACACCGCCGGGGGAUGGACAUGUCAAGAAGAUUCCUUGA